UCCAGUUAGGUCCAAGGUCGCCGGGCUGUACAAGCCGCAGAGUUAACGAAUUUACCCGGCUAGCUGCAGCGGCUAACAAGCUAACGGUGGUUUUACUUCGCCAUAACGAGAAAAGCUGGUCAGAAUAAUGGCAGAAAAUAAUGCUGGGUAGUCUCACUUUAAACAAAUUUCCACGAGAAGGAGGAAGAGGGAUGCCGUGCCAGUCCAGAUCACAGAAACAGAGCCAGGUUUAUAUGGGAUCCCACUGACACAGGAAAGGUUUGCACUUUUCAGUCUGUUUAAAAUCACUACAAGUCAACAUGUCUCAUCGAGGGCCUUUAACUGCCGUCAUAACAACAGUACUAGGAGCAACCUUAGGAGGGCUGCUUAUAUGGCGAGUUUACCGAACAAAAAGGAAGAGGCUGCCUUCCAUCCAGAAGGUGGCUGAUCCUGUGGAGGCUCCACGUCCUGUGGAAAAGGAGUAUCAAUACGGCCAACUUCAAAACCUUGUAGAGAAAGAAUUCAAGGCUGUGGAGUGUCAGACCACACAACUGCCCCCUCCUGUACAGAUCCCGUCUUCUGAACAGCUUCUGGGAGUGAAACCAGUUAUGGUGAGCUCUGAAGAGGAAUGGCAGCAGCUGUGGCCACUGAUGCAAAAGGAGCUGUCAGUCCUCCCUGUGCUGGGGCUUGACUGUGAAUGGGUAAAGACGAAAGGCGUCUCCGUGAAGGGCCAAGCCUCUGCUGUCUCCCUGUUACAGAUGGCCUCGUAUUCAGGUCUGUGUGUCCUGGUGAGGCUGCUGCCGUUUCGCAGCGGUCAGCAACCAUUCCCGCUCAGCUUAAUAGAAGUCCUCAGAGAUCCACACAUUUUAAAAGUUGGUGUCGGUUGCUAUGAAGAUGGCAAGCGUCUGACGCGUGACUAUGGUCUGUCCCUGUCCUGUACUGUCGACCUGCGCUACCUUGCUUUAAGACAAAGGCAAGCUACAGUGAACAAUGGCCUCAGUCUGAAGUCCCUGGCAGCAGAUCUGUUGAAUGUCUCUCUAGAUAAAUCUCUGGAGCUGCGCUGCAGUGACUGGGAGGCAGAUCAACUGACGCUGGAGCAGAUGACUUACGCAGCCAGAGAUGCCCAAGUCUCCAUUGCUCUCUUCCUCCGUCUCCUCGGCCUCCACUCUGAAGCCGGGCCCGUCUCUUCCAGCGGGAGCUCCUACUCUGAGUUGGCCACCCGCUGCCAGGGCCUGGUGGACGUGCCCUUCAGGGGCCGAGGAGAUGGAGACGACAGGGCCGCCGAUGGAGAGAGGAGGCGGAGGACGCGGAAACCACCCACUUAUGAAAGCCCAGAGUCUGGAGAUCAGCAAGUCCCAGACCCUCGAAAAAAUAACAAGAGGAAACCACUGGGUGUGGGGUAUUCUGCCAGGAAGUCUCCCCUUUAUGAUAACUGCUUCCUCCAUGCUCCUGAUGGCCAGCCUCUGUGCACCUGUGACAAGAAGAAAGCCAGAUGGUACCUGGAUAAAGGAAUAGGAGUUCUCCAGAGUGAAGAUCCUUUUGUUGUGAGGUUGCUGUUUGAGCCAUCAGGACGUCCGGACUCCCAGCAGGACUACUAUCUCACUGCCAAGGAGAACCUCUGUGUGGUCUGUGGAAAAGCAGAUUCCUACAUCAGGAAAAAUAUCGUGCCACAUGAGUACAGACGGCAUUUUCCCACAGAGAUGAAGGACCACAACUCCCACGACAUCCUGCUGCUCUGCACCAGCUGCCAUGCUGCCUCUAAUGUGCACGACGGCUUCCUGAAGCAGCAGCUGGCCGAAGAGUUUGCAGCCCCUCAGGGCUGUGAGGAGGGAGUUCGUCUGCUGGAGGACUCGGAUCGACGGCGGGUGCGUUCGGCGGCUCGGGCUCUGCUCACUGCCAAGGACGGACUGCCAGAGCAGCGACGGGAGGAGCUGCAGGACUUGAUCAAGGGUUUCCUCAACAUGAACGAGAAGGAGGAGCUGACGAAUGAGGCGCUGACGCAGGCUGCCGGUUUGGAGACGAGGAUAUUCAACGAGGCGUACGUGCCUCACGGCCUGAAGGUGGUGCGAGCUCACGCUGAGCAGGGCCUGCGGGGCCUGAUGGAUCUGGAGCGUCGCUGGAGGCAGCACUUCCUCACCACCAUGCGGCCUCACCACCUCCCUCCACUCUGGUCCGUCGACCACAACCACAGCAAGUUCCUCCGCAAAUACGGAGAGGACCUGCCCAUCAAACUCAACUGACUGUCGGCCUCCGCAAAACAGCUACAGACCCCAGGAUGACGGGAAGCUUUAUUUUUCUCAUCUGCUGGUCAAAGUGCCAGAUGGAUUUGAAACUUCCACACUCGCUGUCGAUUUUUACAAGCCAAAUUGCUUUGUUUUUUAGUGAGCGGAUGAAUGCACUAAUCUACCAGCCGGGACCAAAAUGUUACCAGCGUGUGGUGGCUGUCAAUUUCCCACUCGUGAGUGUGUGAGUGGAGGACGUUUCACUCCUUUGUUUGGUGACAGUUUACCUGAGCACCAGUGAGAUGCUGCUAGGUUGCCACAUGGACCCUGAAUGAACUUUAAGCAGAGACUCUCCCUGUGGGGAGGAAAGCCAGCACUGAAUCUGGAAAACACUAACUUUGCAACACCGCGGUGGACGUUAUGUAACUGCAUAUGGACACUUUUUUAUUAUCAAAAAUGAAUAAUUAUUUAUGAGACGGGUUAAGAUAUUGAAACAGAUUUUUAGACAAAGCUGCAGCCUGCUCUUACUUUGCCCUUAAAUUUAAUUAACACCCUCACUUCCCCCCCUGCAGGUUAGCAGCUUAUUACCUCCCAUCAGUCCCAGAGUAAAUGAUUUGCUUUGUAGAGAGAGGGUCAUUUUAAUAUGACCUUAAAUUAUUUGGCACUCCACCCUGCUUUUGUUUCAGUCUGUUGUCUGUUUUAAGUCAAUAGAUGAAGGAUGAGUUUCCCAGAAGCAACUAGAAAUCAAAUUUAAUCUUUGGCUGUUUUGCUUUUUAAGAGAUGAGUUUGGUCUCAAGGUGCCUUUAGGCCUGAAUGUGUUCGUCUUUUUGUGCAGGGGGAGACGAAUGAAUGAAUAGCAGAGUAAGGUUGGCUCAUUUAGUUUGAUCAUUUAAACUUCAUGUCUGCUGCUGCUGAUUCUCCUGAUGGUUGGGACAUCUCCAUGGCUCAUGUUUUAAUGUGCCUCUUAAUCCCCAAACCUGACCGGAGACUCGUCGCAGCGCAAGGACGUGACCUCGUUUCAGUUUACAGCCGUUUCACUACGACGUCGUUUCACAGAAUCCAAAUUGUACAGAGAAGAAAAGGUGCCAACGCUGAUGUGAUUAUGAGAAUUAUAUUAAAGCCAACUCUCCCUUUGCAAGGCAGAUUUCCGUCUUUUGAGCGUAAUAAAUUAAUUUACGAUGUAUGCAACUGUAAAUGAUGAAAACAGCUGCUUCGUAUUUGUAUGCAUUUUCCUGGAUGUAAUGUAGUUUUUUCCUAAAUUGUGAAUGUUAAAAAAUUAAAGAAAUAAAAGUAAUGUUUAUAUUAA